ACCCCACAAAAGAUUACACCUUUUCAUUUAAGUAUCUUGAAAAGUAAUAUGAACAAAUUGAACCAUAUCCUUUUCCUUUCAAAGUUAGUAUGCUUAUAUAAAACAUUAAUAUUAGUUUAUGGACUUAUUCAUGAAUCUUAUCAUCAUCAACAUCAUCAUCACACUAUGUAAAUUGUAAUCCACAGUUGCUCUCAUUAAUUUUACCUCAUAGUUAAUUGUUCUAUAAAUAUAAGAUAGAAGAUAUCUUAAAACCCAAUCCAGUAAAAAAAACAAAAAAAAACAAUCCAUUUGCUUAAAUCUCACUUGAUUGCUUCACCUUCCCCAUUCUCUCUAUGUCUUCUCCAUAACUUGAAUCCUAAGUUUGAUUUUGUUUUUUUAAAUCCUUCUUCUAUUACCACAAAAACUUGCUAUAAACUCAUAUGGAGUAUUAAUUAGCUUACCUCAUCUCUCACCUGUCCAAUGAUUUGAACUAUCACACUCCACUAUUCUGUCUCCUUCCUCCAUAUAUAUAUGAAUAGAUAGCAUUGGAUGAUCCAUUGUUAGAGAAGAAAUGGGGCGUCAAUCAUGUUGUGCCAAACAGAAACUAAGAAAAGGGUUAUGGUCACCUGAAGAAGAUGAAAAGCUUUACAAUUAUGUCACUAGAUUUGGAGUUGGAUGUUGGAGCUCUGUUCCUAAACUUGCUGGUCUCCAAAGAUGCGGAAAAAGUUGCAGAUUGAGAUGGAUAAACUAUUUGAGACCCGACCUUAAAAGAGGAAUGUUUUCUCAACAAGAGGAAGAUCUUAUUGUUACUUUACAUGAAGUUCUUGGAAAUAGGUGGGCUCAAAUUGCAGCGCAAUUGCCGGGGAGAACAGAUAACGAGAUAAAGAAUUUCUGGAAUUCGUGUUUAAAGAAGAAACUGAUGAAACAAGGACUUGAUCCAAAUACCCAUAAGCCAUUAAGCAUUGAUCAACCAGAAUCAUCUAGAGGAAAAGAUCAUGAUCAUGAUCAUGAUCAUCUUCAUCAGAAUAAUUACAUUCCAUCAUCAGGUGAAAUUGUGCAGCAACAGUAUUACUAUGAUCAAGGUAAUAGUAGCCAUGAAUCAUCAAAAUCAAUGUUUGAUCCUCUGUUUAUGUAUGACUUCAACUCAAACGGUGGAAACCCAAUUGGGUUCAAUUCAAAUGAACCAAAUCAUCAUUAUGGUGAGUUUGGAUUUGGAGAUUCAUCGGCUGCUGCAGGACCAUUCUUGAUGAUGGAUGGUAAAGAAAGCUCAACCACCAUCAUGAACAACAACAAUAACAAUAUGAUGGAGAAUGGGAUGUUUGUUCAAUCUGAAUGUUGGGGAAAUUACAGUAGUAAAGUUGAGUCAAUUUUGCAGUGUGAAUAUAAUAAUCAUAGUAUUAAUCAUGAUGAGGUCAAACCUUCAACAGAUCAAGAUUUGAUGAUGAUGAUGAUGAUGAGGCCAAAUCAUCAAUGGCAAGAUAUUCAUGAACAAGGGCAGCAGAAUUCACAGCAUUUCAGUACCUAUCAAUUGCCAUCACUUUCAGGAGAUCCAAAUGUGGAUAUUUUCCAACAGAUGUAAAUAUUUACCAAUUUCAUUUCUUUCUUCCCUUUUUUAUUUUAAUUAUUUAUUUUUUGUGUUUUUUUUUUAAAUAUUUUUAUAUAUAAAGGCAUGAGAGAGGGGAAAAGAUGGUUAUUUUUUUAUUAAACCCAUGUUUUUAUUCAUCUGGACAUUAAAUAAGAUUGUAUUUUUAUUUUUAUAAUUAUAAGUUCAAACCAUGUGUUCAAAAUAGGGUCAAAUCAUUUUUUGUGGUCCAGAUUUAACCUAGUCCAAGAAGGUUUAUCUUAAAAUAUUUUAUGAGGAUAAUGUUGUUUUCAUAUCUUUC